AUGGCCUGGGUGCUCAAGUGGGCCGGUGGGCUUCAAACUCGCCCUGUUUCAGCGAAGAGGACAUGGCCCCUUGGCGGCCAGACGUUGCUCGGCACGGCGGUGAUCUUGCACCGAGGGGCCGCGAAACCACGCCUGCUGGGCUGCCUGGCAGCCACCAGCAUUCGUCUUGGCGGCAACGGAGAGCUCAACACCACCACGCCCUUUGGCAACCCUCUACCGCCAGUUGUCCACCUAACACUCACACAAGAUCAGUUGAAGAAAGGGAGGAUCAUCAUCGUUGGGGACAUCCAUGGGUGUUAUGACGAAUUCUCGGAAUUGUUGAGGCGCUGCAACUUCAAUAAAAAUGAGGACAACCUUAUUUUAGUCGGAGACAUAGUGAACAAGGGCCCAUAUUCAACAAAGGUGCACUGA